AAACAAGCAUCUCAAAUAGUAACCUUCCAAGCAAAUUCUCGUAGCUUCCUACACAAUGCACAUGUUAGGUACUGACAAGAAAUCUACUAGGCAUCUAGGUAGCUGGCAACCCCAUGCUUAAGGGGCAGGAUCUUGAUGGGGCCUACUACGUACCUACCUACCUAGUAACCAUCCUGAUAGUCCUUUAAGAAAAGAUUUGUUCCUCGUCCUUUUAAUACCAUCCGUUUUCCUACCUUGUUAUUUUUCUCUCUAAGCGGCCCUUCUCUGUUCAUUUUUUUCCCCUUCUUCUCUUCGUCGUCACUUAGGUACCGAUUUUUUUUUUCUCUUUAAAGAGAUAGGACAUAGAGUGGACUCUUGAGGUGCAAAUUUCUCGUCUUUGUUACUCGAGCUCAACAUACCUCCAUCCUCGUUUCCUACUAUUCUAUUCCACAUCAUUCACUUAAACCAUUAUUUUCAACCCAUCAUCGAAUCAGUGAUUCGACUGGUCUUUCUUUCACUACACCGGACUGCCCACCAUUACAGAAAUAUAUUUACUGCCGGGUGCACGUUACCUGGUUUCGUUUCUUCGAUAUAUUUAUCUGGACAUAGUAUUCGAUUCGUGGUCAUCGACUACUUCUUUCUUUUAAACUACCCUCGACCUGUCUGGUACAAAAGGGGGAUAUAUCAUAAACCUUCAACAUGGCACCAAGUCUCUCCACCGUCUUCACUUCUCUACUGGCCCUCGCGCCACUGGGUACCUUCGCUCACCCUAUGAAUGUAUGGCGACCAACUGCAGAGGCCGGGACGUCGCUGGGUGUUUUCGUUAGCAAUCCGGAUUCAACGGGCAUAGUUCCCAACUCAUACAUCGUGGUCUAUCAAAAGAACUCUACCGACGAUGAAGUACAGGCGCACCAAGCAUCUGUCAAGGUGGCUGUCAAGAAGCGUAACUUGGGCAAGCGAGGGUUGGUUGGUCAGCUACUCUCGACAAAAGUUCGUACGUUUGCCAUGUCAGGCUGGCGGGCCAUGGCUUUGGAAUCUGACGACCUGAUGAUGAACGAGAUCAACAACAUGGCUAUGGUUAAGUAUGUUGAAGCAAACACAUAUGUCCAAGCAUUAGCCCUCAAGAACCAGAUUAAUGCGCCUACGGGCCUGGUUCGGUUAAGCCACGCUGACGCUGGGGGUUCGGGUUACAUCUUCGACGACUCUGCCGGGACUGGCAUCACGGCGUACAUUGUUGACACGGGUAUCAUGGUCACUCACGAGGACUUCCAGGGACGCGCCGUAAUGGGUUUCAAUGCUGUCGAGAAAGAAAAGGCUACGGAUCUAAACGGUCACGGCUCCCACGUCUCAGGCACAAUCGGUGGUGCGACUUUUGGAGUGGCCAAGAACGUGAAGUUGGUUGGUGUUAAGGUCUUGGAUGCUAAUGGAGGUGGCACGAAUGCCGAUGUGAUCGACGGUCUCAAUUUCGUCGCAUCUAACGCUACGAAGGGGAAGUCAGUGAUGAACAUGUCGCUUGGCGGUACCAGAUCCCAAGCCGUCAACGACGCUAUCGAACGUCUCUUUUCGAACGGAGUCGUCCCCGUCGUUGCUGCAGGAAACGAAGCUCAGGAUGCCGCCAAUGUCUCACCAGCAAGCAGCCCCAACGCUAUUACUGUAGGCGCUAUCGACCAGACUAGCGACAGGCGCGCAAGCUUCAGCAACUUCGGCGCGGUCGUCGACGUAUAUGCCCCUGGCGUGAACGUUCAGAGUGUCGGUAUUGCGAAUAACACCGCAAGCCAGGUUUUAAGCGGUACAUCCAUGGCAUCACCGCAUAUCGCUGGCCUCGCUGCGUACCUCAUGUCUCUCGAGAACAUCACCAACGCCACGGCAGUUUCGGAUCGUAUCAAGGCACUAGGUAGUGCUUCGGGAGCAACCGUCCUACGAAAUGCCCGAGGCACAACCAAUGUCAUAGCCAACAACGGCAACCUAUGAACAUUUGCGUACUGGCAUGAUCAUCCGAUAUUAAAUUACGAUCUCUUUGUUGGCUGAUUAAGGAUUGCGCGAUUUUCGUCACCGUUGGCCAUAUCAUCAUCGUCAUCGAAUUGGCACGAAGCAUCAUAUUCAAUAUUCAAUAUUCAAUAGCGAAGUCAGAGAAAAGCGAGGAUCGGUCCUUGACCAUUGAUAUACAUAUUUAGGUACUUCUGAUAGGGAUGAUCAUGAGUACGGAUAGCGAGUUAUCUGUUUUCAUAUAGACGAGUGGCUAUGCAUUACAGAGAUGACGAAGAAAGAAGACAUGUGUAUUAGACUUCAUUUUCGUGGUCAACAGGCGAACUAGCGGGUUGCGCAUUCUUAUUACACAGUCGUGUAUAUUUUUGAGGAGGUAGGAUAUGUCUACCAAGUAUAUAUUAAAUUCAUCAAUACCG